AUGGCUGCCGAGUUUCCUUCAUUUAUUUUUUAUUUUUGUUUCUUUUUGUUUGUUUUUCCUUGUCAUUUUUCUUCUUUUUUUUUCGUUUUUCUUUUUCUUCUUUGUGAAGUUCGGAGUAUCUUUCUUUUGUUUUCGUUGUUCUUUCUUCUCUUUACAUUUUUCCUUUCUUUUCUUUUCCAUUUCUCUUGUUUUGUCUUACUUCAUUUUCCUUUAAUUAUUCUCUUGUUUCUCUUCUUUUCUGGGAUCUUCUUCAAUAUUCUUUUUCUCUUUCUUUUCUCCUCUUCUUAUUCUCCUUUUCCUUUAUUUGUAGUUUUUUUUUUCUCGUCUUCUUUUUUUCACUUAUCUUUGUUCUUUCUUAUUUUCUUUUUAUUUUAUUUCUCUUUGUUAAUCAUUGGUUUCAAUCUUGCUUGUCCCUUUUCUUUUUUUCUGUCUCUUCUUUACUCUUUUUCGUUUUUUCUUUUUUCCUGUCUGUUUUCUUCUUUUUUCCCCCCUUUUCUUUAUUUGUUCUUUCCUUUACUCAUUCUCUUCCCAUUAUUUUAUUUUUCCUUUGCUUGUUCUUUUAUAUUUUUCUUUGAUUUUCAUACAUUGUUGUUUUUCUAUUUUUCUCUUUUCUUUUCUCUUUUUUUUGUCCUUUUUUUUUCUCUUAUUUUAUUUCUCCUCUAUUUCUUUUUUCGUUUUUGCUCUUACUUGUUUUUCUUAUACUUUUUCUUCCUUUUUACUUCUUCUAUUAUUUCUUUCGUUUUUUUUUCUUUAUUUCUCGUUCCUUGUUCAUUUCUUUCUUUGCCUUUCUUCCAUUUUUCUUUGUUCUUCAUUGUUUUUUUCUUUCCUUCUCCUUUUUCUUUUCUUUCUCUUCUACUCUAUUUUCUUUAUCUUCUUUUUUUUUCUCCAUAUACGUUUCCUUUUUUUUCUUUUCUUUUUCCUUCUUUUGCUCUUUUUCCAUUUAAGAGGAGAUAG